AAACUCAAAGCACAGAAACUGUUAGAUGCCUACUCACGGGAUUAUUUUGAACCUACCGUAAAACAUAAGGGACUAAUUUCGUCAUUAUCUCAUUUGCCCUCUGUACACACUCCCUCAAAAUUGUUCCAAAAUUAGGGCAAUACUCUCUCACUCACUGAAGAUGAAGAUAAUCUCUCUGCGAAAUGGUAUUAUUCCCUUAUUCUCUUUCUUUGAUGUUUCCCAUUCUUGUUCUGCAAUUACAGUUUAUUAUUCAACUCAUAGUAAUACAUCCAUUUAUGCAAAGGGUAAACUUGGGUUAAAUACCAAGAUUGAGAAUGUUAAGUGUUUUGAUGAUGCUGUUACUCUCUUCCAUCAAUUGGUUAGAAUGAAGCAUCUUCCUUCAGUUGUCAGUUUCUCUAAAUUGUUUAAGACUAUACUAACUAUGAAGCAUUAUUCUGCUGUGGUUUCUCUUUUUCGAGAAAUGCAGAAAAAGGAUAUCCCAAUUAGUAAUUCCAUCUUGAGUAAUGUGAUUAACAGUUACUGCCUGAUGCGUCGUGCUGAUUGUGCGUUUUCGGUUUUACCCAUUUACUUGAAGAAUGGCAUUCCAUUUGAUAAUAUCACCUUUACCACUCUAAUAAGGGGAAUCUUUGCUGAAAAUAAGGUCAAAGAUGCAGUUGAGUUGUUCAAAAAAUUGGUGAGAGAGAAGAUUUGUGAGCCCAACGAAGUCAUGUAUGCAACCGUCAUGAAUGGGCUCAGUAAAACAGGUCAUACUGAGAAGACUUUGAGUUUGCUCCGACUAGUGGAACAAGAGAACACUAAGCCCAACAUCUAUAACUACAACAUUGUUGUUGAUGCCCUUUGCAAAGAUAGAAACUUAGAUGCUGCCAUCAGCCUUUUGAAUGAGAUGAAGCAGAAAGGCAUUCCUCCGGACAUAAUCACUUAUAAUUCAUUAAUUGAUGGUUUUUGUAAGCUUUGUCAAUGGGAAAAGGUUAAGACUUUGUUCUCUAAGAUGGUGAACUUUAAUCUUUAUCCAAAUGUGCGUACCUUUAACAUACUUAUAGAUGGAGUAUGCAAAGAAGGGAAAGUUGAAGAUGCCGAGGAAGUAAUGAGACACAUGACCCAUAAAGGUGUAGAGCCUGAUGUGAUCACCUACAAUGCGAUAAUGGACGGAUAUUGUUUACGUGGUCAACUGGAUAGAGCGAGGAGGGUUUUUGAUUUCAUGAUAGAUAAGAAUAUUGAACCUAGCAUUAUUAGCUAUGGCGUACUAAUAAAUGGAUACUGUAAGAAAAAGAAAUUGACCGAGGCAAUGCAAUUGUUUCAUGAAAUUUCUCAAAAGGGAUUAAAACCUGAUAUCUUUACCUACACUACUAUCUUACAAGGUCUAUUUGAAGUUGGAAGAAUUGUAUCUGCUAGAAAAAUUUAUGAUGAGAUGUUGUCUGCGGGGCCCGAUCCUAAUCUAUACACUCAUGUCACGUUGCUCAAUGGUUAUUUUAAGUAUGGACUUGUUGAAGAAGCAAUGUCGUUCGUUAAUAAGUUGGAAAAAAAGAUAGAAUAUGCUAGUAAUGAAUUUUACAAUGUUGUCAUUAAUGGAUUGUGCAAAAAUGGUAAAGUCGACAAAGCUCGUGCUACCUUUGAGAAGCUUUCUUCAAUUGGAUUGCUUCCAAAUGUGAUUACAUAUAAUACAAUGAUAAAUGGAUUUUGUCUAGAAGGUUUGUUAGAUGAAGCUAAAGAUAUGCUAAGAAAAAUGGAGGACAACGGUUGUUUGCCGAACAAUGUGACUUACAAUGUCUUUGUGCAAGGAUUUCUCAGGUGUAACAAAAUUAGUGGAAUGACAACUUUUAUGAAGGAAAUGACGGGAAGGGGCUUCUCAUUUGAUGCAACUACGUCUGAGAUACUAGUAAAGGUUAUAAGUGUGAAUCCUUCCGUCCUUGACAUGAUACCAGAGCUUCACUCGAAAAAUAAGAAGUGAAUAUUUCUUUCGCAUUGUUUAUUUGCCUAUGCUGCCACUAUUGUAUCUAUAGGUCACACAAAGAGAAGUUUACUGCUACUCCGAGGUUCUCCUUAUACUAUCUCCAGAUAACUUUGACGAAAUUGUGCUAGAAGGGACCAAGGAUGUUUUGGUUGAAUUUUAUGCUCCGUGGUAAGUUUGAAGUGGCUUAUCACAAGUCAUUCACUUGAUUUUGGAAUUGAUAGGUAAGUUCUAUUUCUAAAGUCUUGGUAACAUCAACAUCCUGACAUUGCUAUCUUCAGUAGGAAAAUCAAAAUCUAACUGUGGUACCUCUUUAAAAAGUGAAAGUUUUGAUGGUCAAUAGCUCGACACAACCAUCUUGUUUUUUCCUAUCCCCUGUAGAAUCUUAGUGCCCUGAGAUGUUAGUUUUAUCCCUCAUUUGUGGAUCUGGAAAUUUUGUGCACUGCUGAAAUUUCUAUGUCCCAUUGGCAGAGUUUCAGUCUUAAGUGGGAAGCUGGUAGUCAGAAGCUGUAGCUUGAGUGCUUCCUCAGGAGCAAUUAUAUGUGUUUCAAAAUGACAAGAGUUGCAUCUAUAUCUAAUUGAAACUAAUUUCUGAGCCUGGUCUCAUGCAUAAUGAACAACUAUAUGAGCUGGACUUCUCUCUCAAGAUUGCAUAUGAGUAACUCCAUAUGUCAUCAAAUGUGUUUUGUUACCUUUAUCGAGGCAAAACAUCUUGAUAUGCAAGAGCUUUCAGUAAUCAAGUAGAGGUUUUUUUCAUUUGUAGUUUUUUCCUCAGGGCAGAUCAUCUUGUUCAUGGUAGCAGUUAAUGGGUAAACUGUGGUAUGCG